AUGGAUGAUGUUGUCUACACUGGAAAUGAUGCUGCAAUGAUUAAAGAAUUCAAGGAAGAGAUGAUGAAGAGGUAUGAAAUGACUGACCUAGGCCUCUUGCAUCAUUUUCUUGGCAUUAGGGUAAUACAAGAGGCAAAUAGCAUCUUCAUUCAUCAAAGGAAGUAUGCUGAAACCUUACUUGAAAGGUUUGGUUUGAAGGGUUGCAAACCAGUCUCUACACCCCUAAUUGCAAAUGAGAAACUUAAGAAGGAUGAUGGAGGUGAACCUGCAGAUGCUAAUCUCUUCAAAAGCAUUGUUGGCAAUCUAUUGUACCUAACAGCAACAAGGCCGGAUCUAAUGUUCUCAGCAAACCUACUUUCUAGGUUUAUGCAGAAUCCUAGCAAGAUACACAUGGGGAAAGCAAAGAGAGUUCUAAGAUAUGUGCAAGGAACACUUGACUAUGGCAUCAAGUAUGAAAUGGGGAAGUCAACUAUCCUAAUUGGAUUUUGUGACAGUGACUGGGAUGGCAGUGAAGAUGAUAGAAGAAGCACAUCGAACUAUGCUUUCACCUUUGGUUCAGGGGUUUUCUCAUGGGCCUCGGUGAAGCAACAAAGUGUUACAUUGUACACAGCCGAGGCAGAGUAUGUGAGUGCAUCAGAAGCUACAGCUCAAGUUAUUUAG